CAAAUUGCUGCCUUUUGCAUCCUUCUGCUUGACCGAUGGACUGUAAAUGCCUCGCGUGCGUCUUGCCACCGCUGGCGGAGACCCCCCGCCCAUGAGCGGGCGUUGUGCCACUGCAGAGCGCCAUGUUUGCCACGCUGCGAAGGGCUUUGGCCUUGCUGGUGUUGAUUGCUGUGUACCAGUUCUAUACCAUGCAUCGCUCCCUUCGUGCGUCGCCACCGCCCGAUCUGGGCGCGAAGACGGAGCGAGCGAUAUAACCGCCGUGUUUCCGGUCACAGGAAGCGAAGAAGGAAGCAAAGCAAAACGGAUGUUCCAUGGAAACAUGGAAGCCAUGGAUGUGUCCAAUCAGACAACCGACAGCACCAGAAAAACACAUCGAGUGGAGUUCGUGCUUCGAAACUCAGUUUCUGCGGUUUCCUUUUUUUUCGCCACACAAAGCGAGCCAUUCCAGCGGAGGAACAGCUUCCAGGGUGGAUCGCCCUGGGCCCUAAAGAUUUGGCCUUCUUCUUCCAGACCAAUCAGGUCUCCCGUCGGAUGGAAUUCUCCAUCGCCAGCGUGCGAAGGCACUUUCCCGAGGCACCCUUCUAUCUCAUCAGUGAUGGGGGGCCCUCGUUUCAGAGCCUCGCGGAGAAGUGGACGAUCCACGCCUUCCGCGCGGAGAUGCCGAUGCACUUGGCUCAGUACAUGAACGCCAACUUCACGUGUCAUCGGCACCUCUUACGCCUGGCGGAUGCAGCUCGCUGGGCACGCGAACAAGGGGCCAAGUACCUGAUGAUUUGGGAGGAGGACACUCGGAUGCUGAGACCUUUACGCGGCUUGCCAGAUGUGGACCUCGCGACCCAAGGCAACAUUGCCAACACCCACUUGGGGCUCUUUACGGCGCGGACGGCGGGUUCGCCGCAGCCCGGCGACCCACGGCGGAAGAGGCAAGCCGAGCGCUACGCAGCCCGAAACGGAUACUCUGCUGGGCCUGGGAGCGUCUUCAAGAUCACCACAUUCUUGUCUGCACUGGAGAAGAGUGAGGACUCGGAUCUGGAGGAGAUGUAUCCUGUUCAAGACAUGUGUUGGGAGGACUUCGCCUUGUCUGCCAACUUGUCUGUGAAAAGGAACCCCGAGGAUCAGCAGAUUACAGGCCUCUUCGGCGAUCUCGACGCUGCGCUGCUUCCGCCGCCCGGGCGGAAGCCAGACGCGGCCCUGCGUGGGAAGCCAGACGAGUCAGUGGAUGUGGAGCGGAACCUGCAGUGCUUGGGAUGCCUGGAUUCUUGCAAGGUGCGAUGUGCAUGUGGACCGAGCUGGUCCUGGUCUGAUCGGUUCCUCUACCUGAAAGCGCAAGUUCCACAGCUCUGGAAUCGCCCGUGGUCCAUUUGGCGCCAGUCGCAGCUCCUGUGGGAUCGACCCUGCGAGGAUUGCCAUGUGGGAUUUGCUUGCUGGGACUCCUGCCGCGAUGGUUGUUUGAGCCUUUGCCCUGCAGUGGUGCAUCCACACAAGGGGACCACUUUAGACUGCGAGAAGGAACCCCUUCCCGCCAGAACGGUCCGCUGGGACGAAAACGCCGAAUUGGGGUGGCAGGGCGAUGGGGCCAAAAUGGUUGAUUUGAUCUGGUCCAUCAACACCAUGUAA